AAUCAAAAAUCAUUUCUUCCGAUACGAAUUCUUGCUUUCGAUCUAUCUUGUUUCUUACCAUCUCCGGUUUCAAACCCUAAUUUGCAGAUUCUUGUUUUGAUCUCAUCAGAUCGGAGCAUCUUUAGAUGGGGAAGAUUCCGGUAAAGAUUAAGUCUGUUGUGUACGCCCUAUCGCCGUUUCAGCAGAAGGUGAUGCCUGGUCUCUGGAAGGAUUUCACCAGUAAGGUUACUCACAAGUUCACCGAUAACUGGCUUGGUGCCGUCCUCCUCGUCGGCCCUGUCGCUGGUGUUUACACAUAUGUUCAGCAUUACCAGGAAAGAGAGAAAUUGGAGCAUAGGUAUUAAGAUUGGUGUCUCUUCACUCUUGAACAUGAGAGAGAUGAAUUUGUAUUCUUGAUCAUUAAUAAGCUGGAGCUGUAUCUGUUCAGCUCUUGAGACAACUUUCUUUUUGUCACCUCAUGUUUUCUAUUUCCCAUUAUUUGUCUCAACUGAAAAGAACCCACCCCUUUACCAUUUUGAAAUUACAUUUUUCUUGCAUUCGACAUUCAAUGUUAUUUGUCGUGAAGAAAAAUAGUUGUUCGCGUUA